AUGGCAUCUACCAGACAACAACGUGCUAGUCAACAAAGCGUUCUCGAAGCCGCACGCUGGGGAGCUCACUGCUCGCGUGAGGAGCCCGGGCCGGCCAACGCGCCGAUGACGAACGCAAGCCGCUCGGAAGGACCAACCAUCCCUACCAGCGGCGCGAGAUACCACCGCGCCCGUGCCCCACGACCUGCAGUUCGCACUGCUAGCGUCGUGGGCAUCGGCUGCGACAUGAUCUUCGCUCCCGUCGGUUGCUUCUCCACGCCGCGCGUCAUCCAUAUGCCCGACACUCGGCCUAUUGACUGGAUGUUCACGAGCUUCGACGAGCUCAAGCCUCUCGCCGUCGUACGCGAGGAACUGCGUCAGGCCGUAAUGCGCUGCAGAGAAGCGGAACAUCAAAUGUUCGGCUCUGAGUCUGCUCGCCUGGUAGGCAUAGGCGGUCGUCGUCUCUACCCUGGUGAGGCGCCGCCGUUUUGA